CGACAGUUUGCCGUCAUUAUAGAGAUCGGGCGCUUGCUCUGACAUUCCCAGGGGUGCGAUCAUUAAGUUAGAAGGUUCGAAAAGCGAACCGUUCGCUUGCCGUCGCGGGUCGAUCAUAAUCGCGUUUUUGGUGACGAAAGCAUGAUUCUGACCACUCACGCGAAGAAACAGAGAGCGAUCAAUUUGCUUUCCGAACCGUUAUAAGAUUGCAUCCAGGCCUAACAAAAGACGCCGCUUUUGUCGCAAAAUUGCUUUGAUUUCUAUACCAGAUAGCGCCCCAUUUGGCUGGCCAUCCGUUCACUCCACUAAAGGUCUCACCGAGCAGAGAGAGAGAGAGAGAGAGAGAGAGAGAGACUCAUAGAGGACGUGACCGUAUAGCUGCUUUGCGUGCGUAUAUACUGUUUAUUGACAAACUUAUUGACAAACCCUUCAGAUGCAUCACGUCGCAUAGCAACAAGUUGGUUAUAAAAGCGAGAGCACGUCAUUUUCCCUAUAUGCUUCUCUCGUGAUGUCUAGCGGGCUUGAGACGCUGUAUGUGACACUGUACCGCCAUCAGGUGGUAACGGAACAGGUGUUUCUUCUAUUGUCGGCAUCGCCUUGCUGCUGUCGUCAUACACACGCUCGCGUCACACAAUUGCUCGCCUUACAUAAACAUGUUGGUGCAUCUGGUGACGCUUUGCAGAACCUUAAAACGAUGCUGGAUAUUCAACAACCCGCAAAACGCUUCGAAUAACAUCGAUUGCCACAGUGCGAGGAAUCUGCGUAAUUUUCGUUCGACAGCCGUAUAUAGGCCGUAUACAAGCACAUAUGAGACAAAGAGCGACCAUUGUAGUGGCCAAGCUGUAUGGCGUCAACUUCCAUAUCCAAGAAACCUGAUUUUUCCCCCCUGAACAUCUUAUUUGAUGCCUGGAAAAAUAGGUGUCGGUUGUAUCUGACGUAGCCGAACACGGUAUACUUGAAAUAUCCCUGGACGGACAAGUUGGCUACUAGCUAGCUUGAUGAAGCUUGAGCAGGCUAGAUCUAUGACAAGCUAUAGUUUAUAGCCAUAUUUAAGAUGGAUAGCACUUGAUGUCUCCAAGCCACACGCUUCUAGCCAUUGUGAAGACAAUUACUUAGAAAAAGUGUCAAAUUUGCGAAGGCAUUGCAAGGGGGGAUCCAGGGCAGCCUCAACGAAUUUGAGAGGGGGGGUCGGCUCGACUAUACAUACGAGUUAACGGGAAAGGAGUGGGGGCGAAACGGUCAAUUUUGUAAGCGCGGAAGCUGCCGGCAUACUUCGGAAAAGGUGAGGAGAUAGUUGCGUGAAUAGGGCAUAUGAAACCCCUUGUAGUGCAAUCAGCACCACAAAUGGACCGCGCGGAAGCCGCUUCUUCAUAGAUUUCCUUCCGCACGUUGUGACGCGCGCACGUUCGCCCGUUCAAAUCUGGCGCCACAUUGAUAGCCUGCUGCGACUUGCAGCCCGCAAAGGGGGCGCGCAAUUUAAUAUUUUCAUAAAGAGAAAGUACAAAAAUUAAAUUUAUGCUGUUAGAAAAACAUAGCUGUGCAUUAAAGUUGUUUUAAUAUAAAAAUAUGUAUGCAUGAGAAAAUAUUAGCGCCAGUAGGUACAGGUGGCGCCACAUGCAGCGGCGCUUACGGGCCAAUGUGCCGCUUCGCGCUCUUUAUGACGCAAUAGAACUUGGCCCGCGGAGACAGCAGCUUCUAAUCGUGGUCGCAAGAUUAACGAGAGAGCAUCACUUGAUUUCAGUUCGCUGUGAAGCAAGUUUCCAUGGCAACCAAUGAGGUGGCGAUGCCAUCUGCUUGCAGCAGCAGUGGCAGUGUGGCUGCCGGUGAAACUCUGGCCUCGGCGGUCAAGCUGGAAGGUGCGAAAAGGGACAACGCUGCCCCUCCCCGACCGCCAUCGUCCAAGUCGCCGGAGCGGUCGUCAUCCCCGGAGCAGAGCUGCCCCAUCUGCCUCGGUCCUCUUGAGGACAAGUCGUUCGCCGGCAGUUGCUUCCAUACCUUCUGCUUUUCAUGCCUUCUGAAAUGGUCAAAGGUGAAGGCCGAGUGCCCGCUGUGCAAGCAGCGCUUCAAGAGCAUUCUUCACAACGUGCGCUCUUUAGAAGACUACGACCAAUACUUUGUGCACAACAAUGCUUUUCAGGCAUCUUCGACGGUGAGAGCUGCCGCAGCAGCGGAAGCGAUGGUGGCAUCUACAUCACGAAGCUCGCCGAUGCUGCUGACGGGGCAGUCAAGGCAGCGCCGGCACUCAGUCGCGCAGUUCUCUACAGGUGACACAAGGAGUAUCUUCGUACGGACCAGCACGCCAGCGCCAGCGCCAGAACGCCAGCGCCUGUACGAGCUGGACCUGUGGGUGUACCUGUCCGACAACUGGCGCUCGUCACGCCACUUCACGCCGGCAUACUUUCGCGAAAAUCCCGCAUGCGCCCACCGCCUCAUCCCGUGGCUCAACAGGGAACUCGUGGCCCUCCUGGGUGACAACGAUUCGCAGAUCACCUUCGCCACCGGGCUCGUGCUGCAGCUCCUUAGAUGCUACGAGGUCUGCAGCCUCCAGUUCGCCUUGUACGUGCAAUACUUCUUCGGCACCCGGACAGUGCACUUCCUGCACGAGCUGGCCGCAUUCAUUGCGUCGCCGCUCGACAUGGUCGCCUACGACCGGGUCGCCGUGUACAACUACCGUGCCCAUGUCGUGGCACGCGGAACGCCCGCUGCGGUGUUCCUGCAGACGCCGGAGUCAUCGCUGGAGGAUACCUCUCCUGUGGCGCCGGUAACGCUCGGGGCGCACUCGGACCCGAGUCAGCCGAGUCCCAGUGGCCUGCACCACAAUGUGACGACCAAUUUGGUGGAUCUGGAAUCGGACAACUCGGAUUGCAUGAUAGUGAGCUCGGUCAUGCCUGCAGUGCCAACGCGGUCGAGGACACCGAUUGUCAUUGAGCUGUCUUCCUCGGACGAAGGAGACGCAGAGCGCCGCACCACCGCACCGGCUGCGGUUGCUGCAGCGGUGUCGACCACGCCCUUGCAGCAGCCCGCCCGGAGGUGCAAGCCCAUGGCUGGGAAGAAACGCUUGCUUCAGUUGUGGUCCAGCAAUUCGGACACUUCUACGGCAAGUGACACGGACUCCGAUGACGGUGGGGUCGACAGGGCAGCGCAGCGCCUGCGCCGGAGAGUGGCGAUGCGACGUAAACGGUCAAGGGUGCUGCCGCCUCGAAUUGCUGUGGCAGCGCCAGACAUAGCUGCGAGCGUUGCCCCCUCCUUACCUGCCCUGCCUGCUGCUGCUGCAGCUGUUGGAGACCACACUUACACUUCUCUGUUGGGCCAUCAUACGUGCGAAAACUCGAUGCGAAAAGAUCAGACGAAAAAGGCUGUGCCGGCAACACGAGGGGUCAAUUCUUCCGAAGACGAAUACUAAGCUGAGCAUUCUGCCUCUUUCACGGUUGACUGUGGUAGCAAUGUGAGGUUUAAAAAGUGUGAUAAAUUGUGAUGACUCGUUUGCAUUGACCAAAGCACGUGAAUGUAUCCUUUUGUUUUAUCUUGCAGGCCUCUAUUAUUUGUUUUGUACAAUCCCCAUACUUUUGCAUCAUUCUGUUGGAGCUCGCACGUAAUCACUGUCUGUGGACUUGCACGUGCAGAAGUUCUUAAAGUUAUACCGAAUAUGCCCACUUACAACCUUGCAAGACAGUGUUUGCAGCGAUUGGUGUCCUAUGCUAGGGAAACCAAUCAGCACCACCAUUUCUAACAUUGUUGAUAGUGUUAAGGAGAACACCAAUGCGUUUUGCCACCGAUUUAUAAGGACAUAUUCCUUGAAACUGGCGCUAACCACAGGAUUUCUGCUGUAUUGAUAUUACUUCAUUACUUCAUCAUUUUAAAUGUAGAAUUGG